GCAACGCUGUGCUCUGUUACCCGACGUACAAGGGAGGUAAGGCCAUAUAUACUCUGUUAAACGAUGCAGCUACUUAAAACGUCACGGUUCCCCAACUACCCUCUACUCUGUCCCAGAGGUCUAGUCAUUCCUUUUAUCUACGUCAUCUAUUACCUUCAAAUUAUUUUCACAACAGCCUUAUUCACCACAUAGUUCUUUUCACUAGAGCCAUCUCCCCAUCGCAACUUCAGAUGUGCAAGACUGCGAUCUCACAUCUCUCCAAAGCCUCAAACAGUCGAAACCCGCACUUUUCUUUGCGAAUAGUACUGAAGCUACAAUCUCCACUUCCUCCGAUAUAAGUUCAACGACACUCUCGAACUCCACUCUGCUCUCACGUACCCUUCAGUACCAGUAGGCGGAUACCAUAAACACUCCUGCAAGAAGAAUGACAAUCACCUAUGAUAAUAGCCCAGUUCCCAAGGACGAGUUUGACGAGGUCCUUCACCACGAAUCACAAGAUGAAGAAACGAAAGACGCCUAUGACGAUCCUCAGGAGGAAGCCAGCAGGUUGUUUGCCUGCCCAUUUUAUAAGCUCGACCCUUGUGCGCACGCAGAGUGUUUACAUCUGAAGCUGAAACGAAUCAGCUAUGUCAAACAACACCUCAACAGAAGACAUGUUAAGAAGGGGGACUUUUCCUGUCCAAGAUGCCAAUCCAGUUUCCCAACAUCGGAACAGCAGAGAGAGCACCAGUCGAAAAAGUGUCAUAGCAAAAGGAGAAGUUGGGAUGAGUUGGGACCACAGGCAACAGAGCGUCUCAAAUUUCGGUCCAACAGAACUCUAUCGGUUGACGGCCAAUGGUAUGACAUAUGGGACGCAUUAUUCCCCGACACUCCUCAGCCAAAGAGCCCUUACUUGGAUACUAUGUGGAAAGAGACAUUGGGCAUUAUUCAGCACCGCGUGACACGGCAAGACUCUCAUAUUAUUUCGGAUUUUCUGCAAAGCAGGGACAAAAUAUGGAACAACGACAGUGCCAUGUAUAGACUUCUCGUCGACUUUGUCAAGCACAUGUCGACCUUGAAGGGCGGGCGGCGGCAGCGACCAGACGACUCGCCGAAGAUGCUGUCGACGAGAACAAGUACUGGUUCGGAUUACUCUGAGGCCGACUUCUGCGUCCCGUUGAAUUAUAUGGAGGAAGAAUCAUCUGCGUGCUUGGAUAUGUCGCCACUACCCGAGAGCCUGCCUUACCCCACUGACUGCUUGUGGAACAACGGGCCGGCGGUAUUCGGUGAUGGUUUUCCACUCUCUGCUUCGCCUGGCUGGGAUAUGGAUAUAGUGGUCCCUAUUGACACCAACAUUGAGAUGUCGGACUAUUCUGAUUGGAUGAUCGUCGGUCCCCCGCCUACAUUUACAGAUCUUGAUGAAUGGUUAAGAAUGAGGUAGUGCAAUAGGAGCAGGGCGACCUUACGUCAUUAUUCACUACCGGAGACGUUUGUACUUUUAUUUUAUGCAUAUGGUCUAAAAUUGAAUAGACCAUGUCAUUGAUUGGUAUUUUUAUGAUUAUAUUGACUGAUAAUUAGUUCGACUAGAAAUUGAGUCGGGUCGGUGACGACCGGCGAAUACCGGCUGUUGUAUGCUUUUUUUUUUCAUUUGGGCUUUUUGUGUCUCUAAACUAGAGACCAAUUGCGACUUAUAGAAUACUGGUCACAGUGUUGUACCAUUUAUGAGUCCACCGAAAGCGCCACAGCUGUACCUUACAGGUGUCAAAACACUAGAGAACGAGACCAUUUCU